AUGGCGGACGACGAACCGGACCGAGACGUGGCUUUGGCGGCAAGCGCCGACCUAAUUACCGAGCGUGAUUUUGUGUUAUUAUUAAUAUCUCUCUACAGAGAUUAUCCUGCAUUGUGGAAAAUUAAAAGUAAGGAGUAUGCGGAUAAAAACAAAAGGUCGCUUGCUUUAUCAAGCAUAGUCAAAGCACUUCGAGUAUAUAAACCUGCCUACACCGAAGAUUUAUUGAAGAAAAAAAUUAAUGCUUUAAGAACCAACUUCAACAAAGAAAGAAAAAAGAUUGAACAAGCACAACGGUCUGGCGUGUCUCCCGAUGAUGUACCAAAACCGUCACUCUACUAUUACAAUGAACUGUUAUUUCUGUCAGACCAAAUGUGUAUAAGUGAUACUGAAAGCAGUUUAAGCAGUGAGGUAAAACAUUUUUUAUUUACAAUUCAAAGAUACAUUUUACUUUAA